GUCCCAUCGGUUUCAAUGUCUUUACCUUUUAUCCUCGGAUGGAUUUUUAUGCAUGGAAUUCAUCAAAGGUAGAAAAUACAGUAGCCAGGGAAUGCCCAGCUAGCCACUAAUUGGGUAGGUAAAGGUUUAAUGUGAAAGGGCAUAAGAAAGGUUCAUAGGUAUGAGAGCUUGCCUAGUACAAACCGUUUAUUUCGCCGACAAUUAUGUACGAUUGAAUUAGCUUUACCCUUCCAUUCCUCCUCCCCUCUCUAUAUCUUCUUCUCUGAAUCUCUUUAUGUACUUCACUCUUCUCUCUGCAUUUCUGUACUUUCCUCAGUCCCAGCUAAAUCAUUCUUUCUUUCUCUCUCUCCCACCAACAUGGUGCAAUCAAAGAAGUUCAGAGGAGUCAGGCAGCGUCAUUGGGGUUCUUGGGUAUCUGAAAUUCGACACCCUUUACUGAAAAGGAGAAUCUGGCUAGGCACAUUUGAAACGGCAGAAGAGGCAGCUCGAGCUUAUGAUCAAGCUGCAAUCUUGAUGAGUGGCCGCAACGCUAAAACAAAUUUUCCAAUAUCUCAAACCCCAAACGGAGACCCAAAAUCCUCUGAACAUUCCCCAACUAGUACUAAUGCUGCUGCUCCACCCAAUGGUCUAUCUGCAAUCCUGCACGCCAAGCUUCGAAAGUGCGGCAAAGCACCAUCUCCGUCCAUGACGUGUUUGAGGCUUGAUACUGAGAACUCCCACAUUGGGGUGUGGCAAAAGCGCGCUGGACAGCGCUCUGAUUCCAACUGGGUCAUGACCGUGCAGCUUGGGAAGAGAGACAACCAAGUUUCUGAUGGUACAUUGCCAUUGGCAGAGUCAUCUGGGACGCUACCGGGUCCGGAGUUGAGAACGGAAAUGGAUGAAGAAGAAAGAAUUGCACUGCAAAUGAUAGAAGAGCUUCUCAACAGGAACUGUCCAAGCCCACCAUUGGGUGAUCAAGAUGGUGAUGAUGAUGGUAGCUUCUAUCUUUGAAUUUCUUGUGGGUUUGGUUUCUUAAUUUCAGGGGAGCAAUGUGUUUGUAUUGGUUGCAUGACACUUCCUAUUAGCUGUUGAGUUGCAGGGUCUUAGUUUGUGCACCCAAAGGGAAGAAAAAACCAUUAAAAAAAAAGGAAAUAUUGUGAAUUUCUACUUUAUUUGCAAUAUUUUGUAUUAUACAUCCAUAAAUAGAAUGGGUGGAGAGGAAAAUUGAUCAUAGUGAAGAGAAAUUAAAACCUUCUGCAUGCUCUCCAAGAAGGCUUUACCAAUUAAUUAUAAUCCUCGUUGCUGAUCAUAAAUAAUAAUUAAUGGAAUUAGUUGUGA